GUCGCCACUUCUGAUUUUUCUGCUCAACACGAAGGGAAGAAAACGUGCUAGUAAAAUUUUUGAAUUAGCCACCCGGUUGAAAUUAAAAAAAAAAACUAAAAUAAAAUGGGCGUACAAGUAGUUCCAAUUUCUGAUGGCGAUGGUAGCACUUUCCCCAAGAACGGCCAAAAGGUCUCGGUGCACUAUACUGGCACCUUGAACGACGGUACCAAGUUCGAUUCGUCGCGCGACCGCAACAAGCCGUUCAAGUUCACCAUUGGCAAGGGCGAGGUUAUCCGCGGCUGGGACGAGGGCGUCGCUCAGCUGAGUGUUGGCCAGCGCGCCAAGCUGAUCUGCUCACCUGACUACGCCUAUGGCAGCCGUGGUCAUCCAGGUGUCAUUCCCCCCAACGCUACCCUGACAUUCGAUGUUGAGUUGCUCAAGGUCGAAUAAAGAGUGAGAGCGGAGAGAGAAGUAAAAAUGCCGAAGUGCAGUAGUGCAUGUGUUUGUGUGAGAACAUCCACAGCUGCAAUGCACAACCGCAUACACUGAAGAAGAGAACACCAACACUACUUCAAAUUUCCAUCACUCGGCGACUUUUGGAAACAGAACCAAACAAGAACAAUCCAACAGCAUUUUAAUUAUAUUCAGAAAGAAAUGUGGCCAAUCUAUCUAUAUCUGGUCUCUAUCGAUAAAAUUAGAUUUAAUUGCCAACAACUCACACAGAUUAUUGAAAAUGGAAAACGCAUACAAAUAAAACAUUUAUUCAAAUGAGAAA